CAUACUGCUUCCCCUUUUUAAAAACUCAAUCCUUCUGGAAAGGAUUCUAUUUCUCACUUGUCAAACUACUUAAUACGUUCUUUGUUUUCGAAUUGUUUUGUUCUGAAACUCGUCGGGCCCUAUCCCCUCUUUUUUUUUUUUAUAGUCCGCCCGUCGACAUCAUAUCCCGAGUGAGCCACCAUGCAGCUCCUCCAGUCUCUCGUUGUUGCCAUUUGCUUCAGCUAUGGCGUCCUCUCUUUACCCCAUGGUCCGUCAAACCAGCAUAAAGCACGCUCCUUCAAGGUUGAACGGGCCCGUCGUGGAACCGGUGCUCUGCAUGGCCCCGCUGCUCUCCGCAAAGCAUACCGGAAGUAUGGAAUAGCUCCCAGCAGUUUCAACAUUGAUCUGGCAGACUUUAAGCCCAUUACCACAAGCCAUGCUGCUGCUGGAAGCGAGGUUUCGGAGCCUGAUCAGACUGGCGCUGUCAGUGCUACUUCGGUUGAGAGCGAUGCCGAGUUCGUUUCGCCUGUGCUCAUCGGCGGCCAGAAGGUCGUCAUGACCUUUGACACUGGUUCUUCUGACUUUUGGGUGCUUGAUACGAAUCUCAACGAAACCUUGACGGGACACACAGAGUACAACCCUUCAAACUCCUCGACCUUCAAGAAGAUGGACGGAUACACCUUCGAUGUCUCGUAUGGUGACGACUCGUACGCCUCUGGACCUGUCGGAACGGAUACCGUCAACAUUGGUGGCGCCGUUGUCGACGAGCAAGCCUUCGGUGUCCCCAACAAGGUAUCCCAGUCAUUCAUCGACGACACAAACUCCAACGGCCUGGUCGGCUUGGGCUUUUCCUCCAUUAACACCAUCAAGCCGGAGGCGCAAAAGACGUUCUUCGCCAAUGUCGCAUCCAGUCUGGACGAGCCCGUCAUGACCGCCUCGCUCAAGUCCGACGGAGUGGGCGAGUACGAGUUUGGCACGAUCGACAAGACCAAGUACCAGGGCAACAUUGCCAACGUCAGCGUGGACUCAUCGAACGGAUACUGGCAGUUCUCCACUCCUAAGUUUUCCGUGGCAGACGGAGAGCUGAAGGACAUUGGAAACGUGAACACCUCGAUCGCGGACACCGGUACCUCCCUCAUGCUGUUGGACGACGACGUGGUUACUGCCUACUAUGCGCAAGUUCCCAACUCGGUCUACGUGGGCAGUGCCGGUGGUUACAUCUACCCCUGCAACACCACUCUCCCCAGCUUCUCCCUGGUUCUCGGCGAGUCGAGCCUGGCCACGAUCCCCGGCAACCUGAUCAACUUCUCCAAGGUUGGCACCAACACCACCACCGGACAGGCCUUGUGCUUUGGCGGCAUUCAAUCCAACGGCAAGACCUCGCUACAGAUUCUGGGCGACACGUUCCUGAAGGCCUUCUUUGUCGUCUUUGACAUGCGUGGACCCUCUCUUGGUGUUGCCUCCCCCAAGAACUAGUUUCCUUUUCUGUACUUCUCCCGCGUGUAAUAAUAUCGGUUGAGAUUUGGACUGUAUCCUACGUGGGCAGAUGGAU